AAUCGAGUUUAUAAUAUCGUGUCUAUAACAACGUGUUCCAAACUUGAUUAUUGAUUGUAACAAUGUGGCCGAGAUCAGUGAUUUAUUUAUUAUGUUUUACAAUAUCAUGGAUAGAAUCAGCUCGAAUAUUAGCAAUGUUUCCAACACCAUCAAUCAGUCAUCAAGUAGUAUUCCGUCCUCUUACUCAAGAAUUAGCUAAACGUGGACAUGAAGUUAUAGUUAUAACACCAGAUCCAGCAUUUCCUAAAGGACAAGCACCUAAGAAUCUCACAGAAAUCGACGUUCAUGAUAUUUCAUAUACAAAAUGGAAGAAAAUCAUGUCGGGAAUAGAAAAUAUUCCAAGAGAUCCAAUAGAGCAACUUCAGGUGAUUAUAAAUGCAUCCUUUACUAUAUUUGAAGAUCAAGUAAAAAGUGAGAGUGUUCAAGAAAUACUUAAAUACAAAGAAGACUAUUUCGAUUUGAUUCUUGCCGAGGCAUGUAUAAGACCUACUCUUGGUUUGUCUUAUGUUUUUAAAGCCCCAGUUAUUCAAGUAAGUUCUUUCGGUGCUGUGAUGGACAAUCAUGAUAUCAUAGGGUCAGCAACACAUCCUAUCUUAUAUCCGAAUUUAGCUAGAGAGAGAUUAUACAAUUUAACUAUGUGGGAAAAAAUAUCACAGUUAAGAAAUGAGUUCAAGUCAUUAACGUACACGAUGAAUAGAGGAUAUGAUAAUCAAAUACUGAAAAGGUUAUUUGGUAAUAAUGCACCAUCCAUUGAUAAAUUAUACGACAAUGUUGCAAUGUUAUUUUUAAACUUUCAUCCUAUUUGGGACAAUAACAGACCUGUGCCACCUGGUGUUAUUUACUUGGGAGGACUGCAUCAGAAUCCACAAAAAGAAUUACCUAAGGAUCUAAAAUCAUAUCUAGACUCUUCCAAGAAUGGUGUUAUUUACUUCAGUUUGGGCACAAACGUAAAGCCAUCUUAUCUGCCACCAGAAAAGCUAGAGGCUAUCAUAAAAGUGUUCUCACGAUUGCCCUACGAUGUUUUAUGGAAAUGGGACAAUGAUGAAUUACCUGGACGAUCAAGUAAUAUUAAAAUAUCAAAAUGGCUACCUCAAUCAGACUUGUUAAGGCAUCCAAAAAUUAAACUAUUCAUAACUCAAGGUGGAAUGCAGUCUACAGACGAGGCAAUUACUGCCGGAGUACCCCUCAUUGGCAUACCAAUGUUGGCUGAUCAGUGGUACAACGUCGAGAAAUAUGUCCACCAUAAAAUUGGUCUUAUGGUUAAUAUAAACACUCUUACCGAGGAAAAGUUUGAAAACUCUAUAAAAACUAUUCUGAACGACAAUAGCUAUCGUGAGAACAUAGUGCGUCUGCGUAGUAUAAUGCAAGACCAGCCGCAGAGUCCACUGGAGCGCGCCGUGUGGUGGACAGAGCACGUGCUGCGUCAUCGCGGCGCGCGGCACUUGAGGAGCCCGGCCGCAAACAUUUCCUGGACUCAAUAUUUAGAAUUAGAACUUGUAUUUACUUUAGGUUCUGUGUUAAUAAUCUCUCUUCUUAUUGUUAUUUUAGUCUCAAAAGCAAUUUAUAAUUUCAUAAGCCACAAAGUAACAGCUAAAAUCAAAAAAGCUUAGGUAUACAUUUAGUUUUACAUUUAUUUUAUUACAUUUAGUUCAAAUUGUUAGACGUAAAAUGUUGUAAAUAAUAUGAA